GAGCACGCGCACCACCGGGGAAAUUGGCAUUCAGAAGCAGCCUAGCUAGCACUAGCAGAGAAGCUUAAUUGAUCAGAGUUCAGAGCCAUUCAUGGCGGCGUGGGUGGCGCAGUCGGGCGGCAGGGGCCGGUCGAGCUGGAAGCACGGGUGGGCGGCGCGUGCGCUGGCCACGGCGUCGCUCCCGCCGGCGCGGCUGCUGGCCUUCUUCGGCAUCGUCGUCUUCUUCCUCGCCGUCUCCUCCUACGUCGACUACCGGGCCAUCGAGCGCCGCGCCGAGAUCGGCGCCCGCGUCUUCGCCGCCCCGCUCGCGCUCACCGCCGCCUUCCUCGUCGUCGCCGCCCUCGGCUCCUGCCGCCGCUCCCGCCACGGCGGAUGGACGCUCCGCCGCCGCGCCGUGGUGGCCCCGGCGGCCUCGUCGGAUCAGGCGGGCUCGCCGUGGGCCGUGGCGGCGGCGGUGGCCGUGCUGCUGGUGAUGGUGUCGUUCCAGCCGGCCGUGCACUCGCUCUGGUUCAGGCCGCUCUGGGGAUCAGACUACUACUCCUAGAGGCUAGAGGCAUAAUUAACGCAUGUUUAUGUUGAUCGUAUCGUGUGGGGUUAAAUUAAUCUGAGUAUGUACACGCUUGAGUUGCAUUGCUUGCGAUCUUGCUUUUGUAUCGAACGCAUAGUUUUGCUUUUACUUUUGGUUUGAUCUCAAGCUUGUAAUGUUUGGUUUCUAACAAAAAGUUGGACAUCGUUAUGCUUUUU